AAUCUCCGUCUGGUUUGCUUGUAUGGCCAGAACGGACAGACAGCCCUCAUGUUGGCCGCCAGUCACGGCCAGUUCUUCACGUGUAAGAUAUUGCUGGAGUGCGGGGCAGCUAUUAAUCUUCAAGAUAAUGACGGGUCCACUGCAUUGAUGUGCGCCGCAGAACACGGACACACAGAUGUCGUGCGUCUCCUCUUGUCUCAUCCCGACUGCGACCCCACUAUCGUUGAUAACGACGGUUCCACUGCCCUUAAGAUAGCGAUGACUAACAAUAACAACGACAUCGGACUCAUGUUAUACGCGUCCACUUCUAUGUUGAGUCGCGGCUCUUCCCCAUACGCUUCCCUUCGAAGGACUCAAUCCAAAGCCAUCGCCGCCAGUCUUCGCAGAACUGGUUCUUUCAGUUACGGUUACUCACGAGCAGCGCCUCAUAGCCUUCAUUUGGCUCCAUCUCCACCGCCGCGUUCAAGACAUUCCUCCACAUCGACCACCAGAUCAACUAAAAACUAA